GGCAAAGAAAAGAAAACCCCGCACUCAAGAGCUUGUAGAGAGAGAAACCAAGAAAAAGGGAAAAGAUACAUGAGACCACACUCAAUCCCCCCCUCUUACAUUUGACAAAACAUCAUAAAGCAAUCACAAAGUGUACUCACUACGGUUUAAGAUUCUCUAAAUUCAUUCACCUCUCUCGCUCUCUCUCUCUCCUCCACCACCUCCUAUAAAUCCCUCCCAUUCCCACCCUUCACCAUUAAUACAUCCUUCUCAAAACCUCCACCUCUGUACCUUGUUCAUAUCAUCACACUUGCCAUCUCUCGUUCCUCAAUCUUCAUGGAUUUCGAGUUUCAAGAAUCCGACGUAGUAUUCACCGAUCAAGAUCAGGCAACCCCGGAUCGGAGCAGCGACGAGGACAACGAACGGGACUACUCCAGUUUCUGCCAUACAAUGGUGAUGCCGAUCCACGACAACAACUCGUGGGUGCGUGGCAGAUCGAAGAAGAAGAAGGCCAAGAAGAAGAGAAGGACGAAUUCGCCGCCGGUCGAUAUCCCGGAAACUUUUGUCCGGUCCCCUGAAUCUGACUAUGCUUUUGAGGAGGGGGACGACGAAGGGGUGGUCGUGCCACCGCACUUGAUCAUCGGGCGGCGUAUGGCCGCAAGGAUGGCGUCCUCGGUGUGCUUCAGCCAUGGGAGGUUGCUUAAGGGGAGAUAUUUGAGCGAAGUGCGGAAUUCAAUUCUUAGAAUGACGGGCUUUUUGGAGUCGUGAGAAGGUCUCUUUUGCAGACUUUAUUAUUGUUACCCGAGCACACAAAAAAGGCAAAAAACAAGGGAAGGAAAAUGUCAAGAAAAUGAAAAUGUCCUUCUCUGUUUUCCCAUCUCCAUUUUCUUGAUGUCUUCUCAGUUUCUUUUCAGAAUUUCAUUCAUUGCAAUGGAAUGGAGCACUCUGGAUUCAAAAUCGGAAUUGAGUAAAACGGGGGCUCUUGUGCAAUUCAUUUUACUUCCUUAAAAAUUCAUGUACAGACAGCUUGUUGCAUUAAUGGUGGGUUUAAUGUGUGUUGUCUGAAAACCCUAUCUGAACAUCUGUUAUCUGAGGGAGGGAUUUCCUUCAUUGUAUAUCUUAAUUACAAUUGUACAAACAGUAUGGUUCAAGG